AUGCAAAGCAAUGAUGAAUGUAAUGGGGUUGGGGAUCCAAUUCCCCUUUCGCAAGGUGACCCAGGCUCGCAGCCAACCUCACAGACGCAAGGGACCCUCCUGUCUGGUUGGAGUGCCACACAAUCACACCCCCUAGACCAUCCGGACAAAUCUAACAACGACUCGCUCGCUGAGUACGCCAAGUUUUCCCAAUCUUCGGGGCACCUGUCUACCAUGGCCAACCUGGGCUCAACCUCCGUCAACCCGGGCACGACCUCGGCCGGGGCAACGACAAGGCCGUCCGCAAAUAUGACUAAUCGGGUGGACAACAAACACCAGGCAGCAACAUUGACUUCAAGUGCUCGCUCGACUAACACCGCGCCGGCGACUGCGACUGCGCCUUCGUUGGCUACUGCUCCAACGCCUGCUGCUACUCAGGGAACAGCUGCUGCACUUUGUGCCAAGGCUGGACAGCCCCAAGCGGCCCUGCAUACAACUCUCGCAACAUUUUUCAACCACGAGGCGCGUGCGGCCCGCGAACAGGAGUCUAGUAUGUCUCAAUUCUACGCGGUGCGGCUUCAAGAGGCAAAUUCAACGAUUGAGGAUCUGGAACAAACCCAACUCGACCUCGCAUCGAAGACCUCCAAGAACCAGGAUUUGCGGCACCGGAUUGAUCUGAUGCAACUCCGGAUGGAGAUGCACCACGCGCAAGCCAAUGGGUAUGGCUUGCAAAGUAUGAUGCACGCGCCGGUGUACGUGCAUUCAAACACUAAUCAAACCUCUUAG